UGGCUGCUCGGCUGGACAUGCUGGAGCUGGAACAAAUGAUACUUUCUUUCAGGCCCCACGAGUCUGCAAUCCAGUGACUGGUGAAAGUGAAGCGCGCUGCUACUGCCGCUUCCGAAGGACACGCAGGACGGAUAUGUCCUUGCCAACAUUUCCUUGGUUGAGGACGAGGAUCACGAUACAAAGUUUCGCCUCCAACUCUCGUACAAGGAUUCGAACCCGUCUUUUUGGCCAUCGUGGACUGUCUCUACGCAUCCUGCGAACCGGAAGACGCUGCCACCAUCAUUCGACUGCAUUACACUCGGCCGCAGAUGCUCUGUCUGAUGUCCUUUCUGUUCCUGGAGGUUUUCGAGCCGCCUCACGCACUGGACUGGGCCCGUGUGUCGGAUACUCGUGUCGCGCAGGCUCUGAUCAAGGCAGUCUUGCUCUUGGAUGUCCGCAUCGUCUCCGUCUACACAAUCUCACUCUCGGACAUUUUGACCCCCGAGGAGGAAGCCAUGGUCUGGCAAGUAAGAACGGACCGACGAAUGACCGAUCGACUCGUGCAGACGCGCCUGCCCCGCCGCCUGUUCGCAAUCGGUCCUUCUUUAUGGCUAAAGCGGUGCAAGCGGUGCAAAGACUGGGCCUUCGGCCAGAGGAUCCAGGGUACCGCGACGAGGUCCGACGCAGUUACGGACUUAUGAGUGAAAUGUUCGCUCGAAACCCUCGCUGCGAGUACUGCCAGGUGCUCAUGGUGCCGGUUGCUGGCUCCUCUCCGUACGGACCCAAUACGAUCCUGCCUUCGAUGCCAUCGCUUGACGCGAUUCACCCGCGCUCAAAAGGUGGGACGUACGCUCACGACAACUUCCGGCUCAUCGACGUCGGCUGCAACUUUGUCAAUCUGGACUUGACAGGGGACGAGGCUGCUGUCCUCAUUGGACGCCUCGAAGCGGGACGGGUCUUGGACGUGGACGCCAACGGCAUGCUGUGUCCGGCGACGCGAUCACGAGUGGACAAAGACACCAUGUUCGCUAUUGUGGUCGAGGCGUGGGCGAGGAGGACUGUGAGGCUGGUGCGACAGCACAAUCGGCAGCAGCAUCGCCAUUCGGCGGACAUCACGGUCGCGGAGCUAGUGCCAAAGAUCGUACGGUUACAGAACAUACGUAUCGAGACGCAUCUGGUGUCGAGCUACCUCUGUAUCUGAGCUCCAUCGAUCGCAUAGACCCCGGUGGUGCCUAUGCCGCAGAUAAUGUCCGCCUCUUCAUUAUAGGCCGAAACGUUGGAGGCACUUGAGGCAGCGGACGAGGUACUGGGUGACGGUGAGGAAGCGGGUGGAGAUACAGAGAGUUUGUCUGAUACUAA